AGGGUGGUACCUUAUAUUAUCCGACAAGAGAGAAAAUUCUAUGGAUUCCACAGCUCAGCUUUUCCAUCGGUGUUAUGCGCGCCGUAGUCUGUACGUCAGUGCUGCUCUUCCUUUUUUUUUCUUUUCUUUUUUUUUUUUUUUUUUUCUUCCUGGCCGAGAAUUGAGGACGCCAGGACUACAUGUGAUAAUCACGCAGCAGAAAUGUGAUGGUGCUUACCACGAGAGGAUUAAACUACUGAAUUACUAGCGAGUUCAUCCUGUUUCUAGCGACGGGUAGCAGUAAAUGUAGUGUUUGUUGUCAUCUUUUCCCCGACUUUCUUUUGUUAGCUGUUUCUAUAUUAGCUGAAGACCCCCGG